UGGUCGCCAAACACACACAUCGACGCAACAACUUUGGUGCCAGGUUAAUACCAAUGGAAAAACAGAAAGAUAAACCAUCAGCUGCAGCAAACCCACCCAUUCCUUCCUGUAGAAAGAAGAAAAAUGAAGACGGUACAUUCUUGGAGGAUUUGAAGGAUCACAUCGACGAGUUCAUUCAUGCAUCGAUGGACGAACACAAAUCGUGCUUCAAGAAAACUAUCAACAAGAUGUUCCGUAUGUCAAAAGUUGUGGCAGAUAGGAAUUCAGAGACAAGUGGAGUUGAAAGUUCUCUGCCUCUUCGAACAACAGUAUCAGAGUAAAUUCUCUUUCUUCCUUUCUUCAAGGAUACUUUGUCUGCAUCUUCAACCAACUCCAUGAAAUCUUGGAUUCCUGUUUAUAGUUUAUUUUACAUGAUUCCAUAUGAAACGUUACCGUUUUGUCUCCCUUGAUGAGCUAUUAAUUGGUGUUAUAUUUUGAGCCACCAACCUAUACUGUUCUUGGAAUGUUUCUUGCUUGUUUGGUUACCUGUUGAUGCUUAGAGUUUGUCUAAAAGGACUUGAUUUCUGUUUCC